GAAUAUGCGGAAUCUAAGCGUUCGAGGGAAAAUCUUCGCGCUCCCGUUAUUUGUGUUCUCGGUCAUGUUGAUACUGGCAAAACAAAAAUGUUGGAUACUAUUCGUCGGACAAAUGUUCAAGAUGGCGAAGCAGGAGGUAUUACUCAACAAAUUGGAGCUACGCCACGAAAGCUUUGCGUUAGUGUUUCCUCUCAGCUUAUUUAUUGGAGGAAUACUCCUUCCUUUUUUAACUAUAGUUUGUGCGGAUAUCUAAAUCUGCGCUCUCGGGGAUCUUCACUGUGCGAUUUUGCUAUUCUGGUUGUCGAUAUAACGCACGGGCUCGAGCCGCAAACAAUAGAAUCAUUAAAGUUGUUGCUCAAACGGAAAACACCGUUUGUAAUCGCUCUUAACAAGAUCGAUCGUUUGUAUGGGUACGAGUCGAAUCCACGCAAGGACGUAUAUCAACAUUUAAAAUCACAACCUCAAAAUACGCAACUUGAGUUUAAGGAACGUUAUCAAAAGAUUGUUGGGGAAUUUUCGGAGCAGGCAAUCAAUGUUUGUUUAUCAAAUCAGAACAAAAACCUAGAUGAAUAUAUCAGCAUGGUACCAACUUCAGCUGUUCUAGGAGACGGAAUCGGUAAUUUAAUAUCGUAUAUCGUAUUUGCGACCCAAACGUACCAUGCCGACAAACUUUCAUUCUGUGAAGAGUUAGACGCGACGGUAAUGGAAGUAAAAGCCAUUCCUGGAUUGGGCACCACAAUUGACGUCAUUCUCGUGAAUGGUUGGCUUAGAGUCGGUGACAUAAUCGUUGUCACUGGUAGUGAUGGCGCUAUUAUGACACCUAUCAGAGAGCUCCUGAUGCCGCAACCACUGAGAGAACUUCGAGUUAAGAAUGAAUACGGACAUUAUAAAGAAAUACAAGGUGCACAAGGAGUGAAGAUUCUAGCCAAAGGUUUGGAGAGAGCUUUAGCGGGUCUUCCGUUAUUCGUUGCUCAUAAGGAAGACGAAAUUGAUUUCCUGAAGUAUGAAGCUGAAUCGCAACUAAGCCGAGCUCUUAUGUCUAUCAAGAAAAAACCCGAGGGUGUUUAUGUGCAGGCAAGCACUCUUGGAUCAUUAGAAGCGCUCUUGGAUUUCCUAAAAACCCAGAAGAUACCAUACUCGAAUGUCAACAUUGGGCCAGUGCACAAGAAAGAUGUUCAGAAGGCUGCCGCUAUGCUGGAGCAUAGAGCUGAAUAUGCCUGUAUUCUGGCAUUCGAUGUGAAGGUGGAACGAGAGGCCCAACUGUUUGCGGAUCAGGAGAAGGUGAAGAUUUUCCAAGCGGAUAUUAUUUACCAUCUUGAGGACAGCUUUCUUAAAUACAGGGAAGAACUGCGGUUACGAGCCCGAAAAGAGAACGAGCACUUAGCGAUCUUCCCUUGCAAGUUGCGGAUCUUGCCACAAAAUGUAUUCAACGCACGCAACCCCAUUGUUUGUGGAGUUAGUGUUGAAGCUGGUCAACUCAAGCGAGGCACACCGAUUUGUGUACCAAGUAGAGACUGUGUUUUCCUUGGUACUGUAGCAUCAAUUGAAAGGAACCAUGAAGAAAUGCAACUGGCCAAAACAGGAGAUGAGGUUUGCAUAAAAAUUGAGAAUACUACUGGCGAAGCGCCGAAGUUAUAUGGACGACAUUUCAAUCAUGAAGACAUACUAGUCAGCAGGAUCUCUCGUGAUUCAAUAGAUGCUUGCAAAACGUACUUCCGUGAUGACCUAAGCCGUGCAGAUUGGCAGUUAGUUGUAGAAUUAAAACGUCUCCUUGAUAUACUGUAA